CCAAAAUUCGGGUCUAAAUAUAAAGAAUCCACCCGGAAUGCCCGGUGGGGACCGCGAAAACGUAUUUGUAUGAACACAUUUUUUGAGUCAAUUGAUUCCAUCAGGUCUCCGUGAGCCGUGAGCAUGCCGUAUUAGUUCGCGCUUUUUGGUCUGCCAAAAUGAAUAAUACCGGGAUAAAACGCGAUAUCUUAGAUUAAGCUCUAACUUGACUCCAUUUCUCUUCGGGUCAGGUCAUCGUUAGUCAGCAAAAUUUUUCGAGUAAUGAAAUUUUACGCACGGGAAUCCUCGAUUUCAGUGCCAACUGCUCAGCCAUCGAAUCUCAAAUUUUGCCAUUGUGCAAUAUGGAAUGAUUGUGCGUGAAUAAAACUGAGAUCCGCAAUUUUUAUGGUGGUUUUUUAUGGUUAUUGGUUAUGUUUCGGUGCAAGAUUGUUUCAGAGCGAGAAUCGGGACGUAUUUCCUCAAUGAGCCGCGUAACUUCAGAUUGCAAAUCGGUGAAAGUUAAUUAAUGGAACCUUGCUCUAAAUCCGGGAUUUUUGUGAAUCGUGUGAAUUUACUAUCGGAUGAGUGAAAAUAAACCUGGCUGAUAAAAUGUGUCGCAUUGCGAAUGUGUUUUUAUUUGUGAACCUAUUCAUUUUAGAACAGAAACUGCUAGGAGUAUUAGGAGAUCCCCUAACGGAUUAUUUCAAAGCUCAAAUGGAAUCAUCAACUAAUCAAGGCACCAAAAGUUCAUCACUGCUAGAGGGGCAUCUACCACAUGUCUUGAGAGAUGUGAACAUAUCUACCAGGUGUCAAAGAGAAGUUGAACUUUUUUUGGAAGGAUUCUCUAAACGAGAUCAAUGGGCUCUAGAAAUGUUUGAUGCCACGGCAAAGCUGUCGUCGGGAUUAUUUUCUGGGAACGCACAGCAGCUGGGAGAGUACGAUCAGUGUAUUGACUUGAAGAGUCCCACAAUGCGGACGUCGAAUCCCUUGGAUGAUCCUGUUGAAACAGCCGGUAAAUACUGUUUAAUUCUGGCCGAUGUGGCAGCAAAUCAAGAUGCAAAACCAGGCGUUGCAGAGCUGAUUCAUCGAAUGCGGGGCGAGAAUUUACUCAUCAGCAACGUUAAUACUACAGGCCACUUCGUUCCACGAUUCAGCACUGUCCAUAUUGGUGUCUGCAUUCCAAGCGGCUGUUCGGCCUCUGAACUCGAGUCUGCCUUGAGCGGCCUGAAACGGAACCUACUCCCAAACGAAGUGAACCUUAACAUUUCUGUCAAGGAUGAGAUGUGUUACAUUAAGACGGAAAACCAGGACCUCUCUCUAUCGACGAAAUGUGUCCUGGGUAUUUACUGCAUUGUUGUUAUCAUAAGUAUUGUGGGUACGGUAAUGGAUUCAAAAUGUUUCAACAAAUUGUUUUAUGAUGGUACUGAUACAAGAACGAUGACGAGUAUAAAGGCGUUUUCAUUGCAAAGGAACUUCAAAAGUUUACUGCAGAGCAAAAAUGAGGAUUUACCAUGCAUCAACGGGAUUCGAGCCUUGUGCACCAUCAUGCUUUAUUUGGCUCACAAGAUGAUCAUCCUCUGCAUGACACCUUACAAUAACAGGCACGCACUAAUUCAGGACUCUCAUUUAACGAUUACCGCUGCUUUUCGGAGUUCCAUGAUCUAUACUGAUACGUUCCUUCUUCUAAGUGGAGUGCUCUCGUCCUACAAUUUCUGCAAAGAAAUCCGGAAAAAAGGCCACAUAGCCUGGUUCCAUCGGUUUUUCGUAAGAUAUUUUAGAUUGACUCCUGCACUGUUGGCCAUACUGCUCUACUAUGCAUUCGUAAUGGAACACAUGGGCUCUGGCCCUCAGUGGCCGACGGUCAUUAAACCUAAUGCGGAUCUGUGCAAGAAAAACAUGAUUUGGAAUUUGCUCUACGUAAACAAUUUCUUUCCCUUUCAAGAUAAUUGCGUCACUCAAAGUCAUCAGCUGGCUGUGGAUAUGCAACUCUUCUUGAUCACUCCCGGGUUAGUGUACUUGCUUCAUUACAACCACUGCAUUGGAUUCCUGGUCAUUUUUGCUUUGAACCUUGGCUCAACUUUCCUUCGCUACUUCAUCGUGCUGAACAACAAACUAUCGCUCAUAAUUCAUUACGGAGUAACAGCAGAAGAUCUCUACAAGGCGGCUGAUCUGUGCUAUAGUCAAACGCUACAUCGCGCCACGCCGUACUUGUUCGGAGUAUACACCGGUUUUGUGCUGCAUAGGUAUAAAUCUCGGAUUGGGAAACGGAUGUCACCGUUCCUGAUCGGAGUACUCUGGGCUGGAAUAAUUGGAGGUGGUGCAUGGCCUAUUUGGCAGGUGGCACAUUUGUCACAUCCAAAAACACCGUACGUCGCUCACGCGUCUGCCGUGUAUGCCGCUCUCUCUCCCUUCAUCUGGGCUCUGGCCAUGUCUUUGCUCAUAGUUUCCUGUUCCUUUGGAUAUGCAGGUCCACUGCAGAGGAUACUCAGCCACAACGGUCUUGCUUUUCUUAGCAGGAUUUCUUACCCCGUCUUCCUGUCACAGUUCGCCAUUUUCUUCCAUCGACUAGCCUCCAUACGAUCGUCACGAUACUACACGAGAACGGAACUGGUUGUUCCCGAGGAAAUUUUCAUAAUUAUAGUAAUCUCUAUGACAAUUACUUUGCUUUUUGAUCUGCCUUUUCAAAACAUCAGAGCUACAAUUAUCAAAGCACAAAGUGAAGAAAGAAAUGAUUGUUUGAAUGAAGAUUCCAAAGUCACCGAUAAAAGAUCGAAGAAAAAAGACUGAAGAAAUGUAAAAAAACUUGGCUAGUGCUUGAUCUCAUUUUAGUUUUGAAAUUGUUUGCUUUAAUUAACUGUAGGUAGUAGCGAUUUAAAACAGAAGAAUUAGAUAAAACUACUAUUGAAGAGGAUAAAUUCAGAGGUAUUAAAAUUAGUCUAGAGAAAGUGAGGAGGAGGAUUUUAAUUCUAGAGAUCCUUGAACGCACGGUUAUUUGCAACUGGUUCAACUAGUUCUUUCAAAUUUACAAAUUUGAUACCAAAGGUAAUUUCUCUUCUAUUCAGUUUAUCUUUUUUAGUUGAUUACUAAAUUAAUUGUUUUAGUUUAUCUUUUUUAGUUUAUCCUUUUCUAGUUCAUCUUUUGUUAUAGUUCAUCCAUCUUUAGUUCAUCUUUUUUAAUUUACCUUUUUAAGUUUAUCUUUUCUUUACCUAUUAAUGUAUUUACUCUUAAUCUAGUGAUUGUGAGAAGUGAGUUUUUUCUUUCAAAAAGGGUUCAAGACUGGAUAUUAUCUAACCCCUUAAGAGCUCUUGGAUUAUGAUACUCGUGAGAUCAAAAUAGAUAUAGUUCAUGCGGUUAAUUGUUUGCUCUUAUUGAGGAUUACAUAAGGAUGUAAGAAUGUUUUCUUAAGAAAUCAGUAACCUGAAUUUAGAAUGACAAUUAAAUUCAAUCAGUAUUUUUAUAUCAAUAAAAAAGAGUCCUUUUGCUC